AUGUUUUACACACUGAAACUCAUCCUGAUGCCAGUGUUACUCAGUUACUCCUUGGGCCUGAAUGACUUGAUUGCUUCCUCCGUGGAGCUAACAGUCCAUGUGGGUGAUUCAGCCCUGUUGGGAUGUAUUUUCCAGAGCACAGAAGAGAAACUUGUGACCAAGGUAGACUGGAUAUUCUCAUCAGGAGAGCACUUCAAGGAUGAUUACGUGCUCUUCUAUUAUGCCAACAUCAGUGUGCCUGUGGGGCGUUUCCAGAAUCGUGUGCGCUUGGUGGGGGACAUCUUACACCAUGACGGUUCUCUCCUGCUGCAAAAUGUGGAAGAGGCUGACCAGGGAAACUAUACCUGUGAAAUCCGCUUCAAAAUGGAGAGCCUGGUGUUCAAAAAAGCAGUGGUCCUGCAUGUACUACCAGAGGAACCCAAAGAGCUCAUGGCUCAUGUGGGUGAUUCGACUCAGAUGGGAUGUGUUUUCCACAGCACAGAAGAGAAACACAUGACCAGGGUAGACUGGAUGUUCUCAUCAGGAGAGCACGCCAAGGAGGAGAUUGUGUUGCGCUAUUACCCCAAACUCAAGGCACCCAUGGGAUACCCUCAGAACUGGGGCCGCUUCCAGAACCGUGUAAACCUGGUGGGGGACACUUCCCGCAACGAUGGCUCCAUUAUGCUCCACAGAGUGAAGGAGUCUGAUGGAGGAAGCUACACCUGCAGUAUCCACCUGGGGAACCUGACAGUCAGGAAAACCACUGUGCUGCACGUGAUCCUGAAAGAGCCUCGAACAUUGGUGACCCCAGUAACCCUCAGACCUGAGAUCCUGGGCGGUAAUCAGCUGGUGAUCAUUGUGGGGAUCAUCUGUGCCACUAUCCUACUGCUUCCUGUUCUGAUAUUGAUUGUGAAGAGGACCUAUGGAAAUAAGAGUUCAGUAACUUCCACGACCUUGGUCAAAAGCCUGGAGAACACAAAGAAGGCAAAUCCAGAGGUAAGAGAACUCUGCCAUUUUGCUGCUGUGCUCAGUGAGGGCAAGAAACAUAUCUACUCCUCAAUAACCAUGCAAGAGGUGAUUGAUGAAGAAGAACCAAGUGGGAAGUCAGAGGCCACCUACAUGACCAUGCACCCAGUUUGGCCUUCUCUGAGGUCAGCACCAACUAGCCCAUCUGACAAAAAGUCAGAUGGGGGAAUGCCAAGAACAGAGCAAGCCUUUUGAAAAGAAGGGGGAGUUCCCUUUGCCCUUGGCCGUGGUAGAGACUCUCUUUUCCUUGUGUCCUGAGUCCAUAUACCAGUUAUGUCAGACCCCCUGCCCUCCCAGUCCUCCUCCGGCCUCAUUGCUUAGGCAAAGGGCUGAAGAUGGAGGGCUUGAAGCUUGGCAGAGAGAUGGGACAGCUCUGGAGGAACAGGCCCUGAUUAGGGGGAGCAUGGACUUGGUCCCUCUGGAGUGGGACACUGGCCCUGGGGACCCUGACUGAGCUGCCACAGUGGCCUCAAGCAUCCCAUCAGGUCAGACCCUCUGCUUGGAUGGUGCUCUUUGUGGAUGGUUACAGGGAAGAAUCACAGAGAUAAAAACCAACCCAAAUGAUUUCUUUGGCCAAUUAUCCCUAAAUAAAUGCAGUGUGUGGAAAUCA